AUGAGAGAGCCUAAUAGAGCCAAUGAAAUGGCGAACUUGGAGAAAACCAAAAAAUUGAUCUUUAGGGAUACCAAAUUUUGACUGCAAUUAUUGAACUGUCAUGAGUACAUUCUCUGUAAACAGAUCACCGAUCACUCUGACUCCCAUGUCAUGCCACAGGCUCAGCAGUUGUCUACCAUGACUCUGCAGUGUGAGAUGAUGAGGAAAUGUGAAGAGCAGAUGCUGAAGCAAAUUGAGGAGGGACUCUGUCAGCAGAGCCACCUCAGGGAUCAUCUGGCCAAAAUAAAGGAGAAAUCUAAAGAAGAAGAGAAAAAGUUCCUUCAGGAGAUCACACAAUUCAACAAUGACUUCAGCCUUACGGGGAAUGGAGGUGCUGUGUUGGAGGGCCAAACACGCACUGAGGUUUUGGCCCUGCAGAAGGAGCUGGAAGCUUUACACGAAGAGAUGGAAGCGAUGAAACGCAGCAACAUCCACAUGAGCUCCAUUAUGCAAGAGAUGAGGAAACUGCUGCUGGAAGUCCAGGAUUUGAAUGACAAACAGAAAGACUUGGAUCGGCAGCUGAAGGAGGGCCAAGCCAUGGGUGAAUCUCUGAUGGUUGAAAUCCAGUAUGCCAGGAACAGGCACCUUACUGACAGCAGCUGUUUGAG